AUGCUGAAGAAGGCUGCGGCGAGCGGCAAGGACCGCUUCGGCGACCUCACCAACGACCUCCUCCGGCAUGUGCUGUCCUACCUGCCCAAGGAUGAUGCUCUGCAGACCUGCGUGCUUGGCGCCCGCUGGCGCGGCCUGUGGAGGCGCGCAACCAGCCUGCGCUUCAUCUUGGACGAGAGGUCAAGGUUCCCGCGCUGCGAGCGUUUUGAAAGGCUGGUGAAGCUGGUCAUCCGGCUCCGGGGAGACUCUCCUAUUGUCAGGUGCGAGAUCAGUGUCCAUCCUGAUGACGAGACGGAGACGGAGGGCACAUACACAAACACCAUGCGGUUGAUCGAGUACGCUCUAAGAUGCCAAGUCAAGGACCUGCUAGUCGGAGCUGUUCAAACUGAGGUCUACCCGCUGACAUUCGACGCGCCUCUCAUCUCCCAGCACUUGAGGACCAUAGACUUCUUUUUUCUUCCUUUUGCAAUUUGUGCAGAUUAUCUACAGUUGUGA